CCCAGCAUGCUUCGAGCCUCAGCAUUCGUCGUAUUUACAUGCGCUGCGUCCCUGAAACCAGCGGUGCGGCGUGGUAGUGCAUCCCUGGGCAGCUUGGGUGCAAGCCCAGCUCAGCAGCCGGCCGCUCUAGCGCUACGUCGAGCGCUCGGCGCCUUCGCCGCGGCGGCGGCACUAUCUCAACCAUACGCUGCCAGCGCAAAACCGCUCGACGACGUUUUGCAAGCCGCGGCGACGCUCGACGCGUUGUCGCUGUCCGACAGGGCUUGCGCCCAAACGGUGCUGAGCGGCGCACCGUUCACCGACGCAUCCCUGCCGACGAAGGGCGGCAACGUGCCACCGUCAGAAGUUCCGUUUAUUCCCGGACUAUACUAUCCGAAGUCGCUCUUCGCCGCGAACUACGAGCGACCGCUCCCGACGAUCGGCAACGCAUUACGGAAGAACAUGGACAACGCCGGCCGGGAAUUGCAAUUCGCAAAGCCCAAGGCGACGAUGGACGACGACGUGUUCGUCAAACGCGCGAAGACGGAGGCGGCUUUGAGCAUGGACUAUCUGGACUUGCUCCGGAACGAGUGGCUGGACGCGGUCCAGCAGCUCGAGUCGGACCUUGAUGAUGUAGGAUAUGAUUCCAAAACCGCGGCCGCGGAUCUCGACGUGGCGCGGCGCGGCGCGAAAAAGUGGCUCGAGGCGGCGCGGGCGCCGGCGGCGCCUAGCGUCGGUGCGCUUUGUGCGACGCGGUAG